AUGUUUCGACGAUACUAUCCGCUCUUCUCCCUCAAGCCUGUCGGUGUAUUUCCAAACCUAAACUCUGCAUUCCCAACACUACGUGAGGUGUGUGAGAAGAGUGGAACUCCAAAAGAUUUGGUGGAAGAAGUAUUGGAACAAAUACGAGAGGCCGAACUUCACGAUGCGAUUGUACCUCAUUUUGAAAUUACGUGCGUUCGUGUUUACUCCCCACCUCCUCUGGAAGAUGGGGAAUUUUCUUCCAUGGUACUUUUCCGUGGAACUCCCGAUACCAAUGUGGAAAAACGUGUAAAUGAUGAGAAUCAACAAUUGUACUUUUCCAGUUCACUUCGUGUCGCAUUACCGUACGGUCAAAUUCAAGAAAAUGAUGGAAACUACCGAAUUACACUUUGUCGAGUGGCUCGACGUCCAGGACGACAGUUAUUUAAUAAAGCCGUGGCUUCCGAAGAUGACUUGAAACUCUUGGACAGUGUACAGGGAGAUAUGAAUCUUUUCAGUCAUGCGAAAGCCGAACAAUGCCGUCAAGAUUCCCCAGGCGUGGAGCCAAUCUUUGAUGGUGUCGUUGACUGGAUUGAUGACGGGGCCUCCUACUGCUUUGACUCCCAUCACGCACGGAUGCAUACAAUACUUUCUAUUGAUACAAGGUGUUAA